AUGAAGGUUGCAUACUCUGUAGAAUUAGAAAUUGACUCUGCAUUGCUUGGUGAUAAACAUGAACAUUGUCUGGAUGCUUUUGCUAGAGAUAUCAAGCUUAUGAAGAUUGAGGCUGAAGAGAUCUAUGACAGCAUAAGGUAUGAUGCUGAAACCCUGAGAGUUACCAAGACUACCAUUCACAUGCCAUCACAAAUUGUUGCUCCAAUAUUUAAUGAAGCUCUAGUAGGUCUCAAUGAUGAGGUGGAAAGUAUAAUUGAUAGACCUGUGAGAGGAUCAAGCCAGUUGGAUAUUGUUGCCAUUGUAGGUAUGCCUGGGCUUGGUAAAACCACAUUAGCUAGUAAAGUUUAUGGUGAUCCUUCAAUAAAUUUCCACUUCCAUAUUCGAGCUUGGUGUACUGUUUCUCAAGUAUAUAGCAAGCACAAUUUGUUACUGCAGAUUUUGUGUGCUAUUGAUUCUGGGAGUUGUGACCAAUGUCAUACGAUGAAUGAAGAUGAUUUCGCUGCAAAGCUGUACCAGCAAUUGAAAGGGAAGAGGUAUGUCAUUGUUUUGGAUGAUGUUUGGGACAUUGACGGGUGGAAUUUGUUGAAACACUCAUUGCCAGACGACUGCAAUGGAAGCAGGGUACUCUUAACCAGCAGAUUUCACAACUUGUCUUUGGAAAUUAGACCGGAUAGCAAGCCUCUCCAUCUUCGCCCACUUACUGAUAAAGAGAGUUUGGAAUUGCUGCAGAAGAAACUAUUUGCCAAAGAAGAUUGUCCUGCAACAUUAAGUGAAGUUGUACUGCAUGUAGCAAAAUGCUGUAAGGGCCUACCUCUUGCAGUUGUCCUUGUUGCUGGAAUUCUUGCUACUACUCAGCAAGAUUGCUUGGAAGACGUCGCAAGACGUCUAAGUUCCACCAUUUUUGUGGAAAAUGAACACUGCAUGAAGACACUUGAGUACAGUUACAAUUAUUUACCAGAUUAUUUGAAACCAUGCCUUCUUUACUUGGGUGCAUUUCAGGAAGACCAAAACAUUCCUGUCCGAAAGUUGUUACAACUUUGGAUCUCUGAAGGAUUCGUGCGAAGGAUUGAAGGAAAGAGUUUAGAGGAUGUGGCAGACAACUAUUUGAUGGAUCUGAUUGGGAGAAGUUUAGUUAUGCCUACACAACGAAGAUCUUUAGGUGGGAUCAAAGUUUGCCGAAUUCAUGAUUUGGUACAUGAGUUUUGUGUGGAGAAAGCAAAAGAAGAAAAUUUUCUAGGGAUUGUAAAUGUGGAUGACCUUCAUACUUUUCCUGGACCGUCUAAUCCCCACCGGCUGUCUAUUUACCCUAGCACCAGUAAGGGACCUAUAAAGUCAAGGCUAAUUUUUCCCAAUUUGCGUAGUUUGCUCUUCGUUGAUUGUAAAUAUGGACAGCAGUUGGAUUUGGACGGAAGUUCACUCAAAUUUCUGUUAUCUAAACUUCUUAGAGUGUUGGAUUUGGGGGAGAUGCAUUGUCUGUAUUUUCCAAGGGAAGUGUUAUUCCUUGUUCACUUGCGGUACUUGAGGAUAAAUUGGAACUUUGGGCAAAUCCCAUCUGCAAUAGCCAACCUCUCAAGGUUAGAAACUUUGGCUGUAGGAGGACCCCUUGUUCGUAAUAUUUUUCUGUUACCAAACGCUAUCUGGAACAUGAAAACGUUAAAGCAUCUUGUUGUUUUCCCACACUAUAGAGUUGGUGGUUUGGAAUUUCCCAUGGACAAUGUUGAAUGCUCCCCAGAUUUAGAACACUUAGAAACUUUAACCCUUGCAAUCGAUCCCUCUUCUCAAGGUCAAAGCUUGCAAAAGAUACUGUCAAAGUUGCCGAGCAUCUGCAGGCUAACAUGCGUGAAUGGGAAUGACAAUUGGCAUUCUGAAUGCAACGCAUCUGCGGGAAAUCACGAUGGGAUUCUCGUGCUGGAUUACUUGAGUCAUUUAGAAUCACUUAAGAUGGGUGGAUUUGCCGGAUAUGAGUUUGUAUUCCCAUUGAAUUUGAGAAAGUUGACAAUCUCAUAUAAUCAUCAGCCAUGGAGUAAAAUUUCAGCAAUUGGAAAGCUGCCCAACCUUGAAAUGCUUAAAUUAGGCCCUUAUUCCUUUGUGGGGGAAGAAUGGGAAAUGGAAGAAGGGGAGUUCCAAAACCUCCGAUGCUUGCAAUUGCUUGGCUUGGACAUUCGCUGGUGGACUGCAUCUUGUGAUAAUUUUUGCUGUCUUGAGAAAUUGGUUUUACUGAAUUGUUUUAGGCUGGAAGAGGUCCCUUCUUGUUUAGGGGAAACCCUCACUCUUGACAUAAUUGAGAUGACAUCGUGUCAUGAGUCUGCCGUAAAUUCUAUGAAGAAAAUUCAGCAAGAGCAGAUGGAUAUGGGAAAUAAGGAUCUAAAGAUCGUGAUUGUUGAACGACGAAAGUGGUCCACGUCUUCUUCUUAG